AUGAGAUCCUCAUUGUUUGGGCCCGCGGCGGCUGGCUUGUCGACAUUAUUGACACUAUUGCCGACCGUCAACGCUUUGUCAUUCGACGCUAUCUCGCUCCCCGAUCUGGACCUGUCUACUUUAGGCCGGGUCUCCAUCAGCGGUAAUUUCGAUGGCGUGUCCCUAUACGAAUAUGAGGGCCAAACCGAGAUCACCCAAACCAACGGCUCCUCAUCGAUCCUAACGCCCCUGCCAAAUGGCAUCCUUACGAACCUUUCUACCGCCGACGCCCAAAUUCAGGCCAUGUGCUCCUUUACGAAGAAAGACGGAACGUUCGCCGGAAUUUUUGUUGGUGGAAACUUUACGACGCUAGGUGGUGUGGAAUCGCGUGGUGCGGCCUUGUUCAACCCGAACUCCAGUACCGUGACAGCCUUGCCAGGAUUGAACGGCUCGGUGUCAGCUGUGGCGUGCGAUCAGAGUACAAAUCGCGUCUACGUUGGCGGAACCUUCGACCACAAGAACAGUUCUAACGCAAUCGCCUGGAGUCCCGACAAUGGCUGGACCGAUCUUGACUUUGAAGGUCUCAACGGCCCCGUGAAAUCGAUCCUGAAGGCAGAAAAUGGCCAUAUUAUCUUUGGAGGAACGUUUGAUGGAACCGGCAACUCGUCGAGUUCGUCGUCGAAUUCUACAUCUGGCCUACAGGUUCUCAAUUUGCAGAAUGCGACCAUCACUUCCGAUGCCAAUUCUUCUCUCAGCGGCUACGAAAGUCCUCGAAACAUUAUCUGCUCCACAAGCGGCGAGGCAGCCGAGGGUAAAACCUGGUUGCUUUACGACUACUCCCCUGGAUAUUGGCGCGCAGAGCUUGGCUUUGAGGUCAAGCCAACCAAGGUUCGCCUUUACAACACCCAUCUGGAUGGACGUGGUACCAAGACCUUUUUAUUCCGCGCCUUGCCCGACGAUGGAAUCAUGAACAUGACUUAUACGGACACCUCGGGAAACAAGGCUUACUGCGACCAAUACUGUCCGCUCUCUAACAGCACCAGCGAAAAGUACCGUGACUUUACCCUAAUAAACUCAGUGGGCAUGUCUGGACUCCAGAUUGAAGUUUUGGAUUGGUAUGGCGAAGGUGCUGGAUUGAAUGGAAUCGAGAUUUUCCAAGAGAACAUAUUCUCCUACGCCAUCGACAAGUUUAACGAGCCCACCUGCGCCGACAUAGAUUACCCUUCCAAGUCAAUCGUGACCGGCACCUGGGAUGUUGCUUCGACUCAUCUGUCUGCCCAAGUGACCGAUGCCAACGACACUGACGUCUCUGUUGUCUUCCAGCCUGACGUGAAAGAAUCCGGAAAAUACGAGAUUUACCUCUACACCCCUGGAUGCUCUUCCAGUGACACCUGCUCCUCUCGUGGUAUGGUCAAUGUCACGGCCACCGUCGCCAAUGGCACCGACGCCUCUAACCCAUCUCCCACCACCAUUUACCAGACAAACGAGGACGAUAAGUAUGACGUCUUGUAUACUGGACAUGUCGACAAGGCAAGCGAUUCUUUCCGCCCCAGCGUUACUCUCCGACCCAUCUCUGGUCAAGGAGACAUCAAUGUUGUAGCAUGGCGCACUAAAUUCAUCCCGCUAUUCAACACGACCAAGGCAUCAGGAUCAAGCUCGGAUUCAGACUCGGACUCGGACUCGGACUCCGUAGAUUUGAAUGGAUUGUACGAUUAUAAUCCUUCUUCGACGACUUCGACUGAUACCGAUAAAUCUGACAUCAACACGGCCGGAACCUCGCUUAACAAAGAUGCUUCGAUCCUGAGCUUGGCCGAGUACGAUGGUAUUAUUUACGCCGGUGGUAACUUUUCCGACACCAGCACCAGUUACAUCAUGUCCAUCACUGAUGGUAAUGUCACUGCAAUGCCAGGAGGUGGCCUGAACGCCGGAGUUCAGACAAUGGCUACCCUGGACAAGUUUUUGUACGUUGGGGGUAACUUCACAGAUACUUCCGACGGUGGCGUUGACGGCUUAUACCAUGUCGCCGCUUACUCCUUCUCGACGAAGAAGUGGUCUGCUCUGGGAGCAGGGUUGAAUGGCCCCGUUUCGACAAUUUAUUCCAUCGACCUGAAUGUGUCCUCUUCCGUCAACGAGACAACCCUUGCUGUCAGCGGUGAUUUCAAUGAGAUCCGUGCAUUCGAUGAUAAUUCGGCAGUCAGUGUCCCUGGCUUUGCCAUCUGGCUUCCCUCGAACCAGACCUGGCUUCAGAGCCUCAAUGUCACCCAGAUGGAAUUUGGAGGGCAGCUGUCUGCGGUUGCCUCUGUGAACGAGACAUCUAUUCUUGCUGGCAGUCUGGCCACUGAUGGUUACACUGCCUCUGACGCUGUGUGGCUGCAAAACUCCGACGAUCUCAGCCUGCUUCCUUUGACAAUGGACAUUGACCAAACUGGCAACAGUGUUGGAUUGGUUACCGGCGUCUAUGAUACUGGGUCUAGUCGUAACCAGACCAUUUUUGGUGGUCAAUUCAACGCCACCGGCACCAACGGCUCCAACAUGUCUGCCGUUGCGAUCGUAAACGGUACCAACAACAUCUAUGGUCUGCCGCAAGGCUUGGACAGUAACUCGACUGUACUGUCCAUGGUUGUGUACAAUGAUACCCUCUUCGCUGGUGGUAAUAUCACUGGUACUAUCAGUGAUUCGUCUGUGACUGGUUUCUUCACCUAUGACUUGACUAACAACAAAUUCCCGUCCCAACCAUGGGAGCUCCAUGGGUCUAAUGUCUCUGUCAACUCGAUUGCUGUUCGACCGGGCACAUCUGACGUCUACAUUGGCGGCAACUUCGAUACAGCCGGCUCAUUGCCUUGCAAAACUGUCUGUGCCUUGCAUUCCUCGAGUAACUCUUGGAGUUGGCCUGGUGUGAGCAUCACUGGUACUGCUCUUGCCCUUAGCUGGGCCAGUUCCAAGACCCUGUACGCUGCAGGCAACUUGACAGUCUCGGGCAAUCAGACCCUCGUCGCUACAUUUGAUGUGAAGACCGAGGCCUGGACUUCCGUUUCUGGUGCAACUGUGUCCGAGAUCCCGGGUGUCCUCACUGCAUUCGCUCCUGCCACGACAGAUGUUUCAAAAUUCUGGAUUGCCGGCACACUCACCAACGGUUCUACAUUUUUCAUGAACUACGACGGUUCCAAGUUCCAGUCCCCCCGGCAGCCUGUUCUCCAAGGGCACUGUCAUCCGUGGCAUGGAAGUUCUUCCCCUCAACCAAAAUCACAAAUCGGUUUCGCUUCUCAAUGA